AUGUCAAUCCUGUACGAAGACGAAUACGUCCGACUUGGACAGUUCACUCUUUUUGUGAAAAAUUAUCAUUUCCCAACCAAAAAGACCAAGUCAGUAUCAUUGGAAGCAAUCACCACACUCUGGUUUGAGGAACAAGAGACAUGCAAAAGCACGACUACAAAAAUCUGGGGAAAAGCUUCAGCAGCCAGCAUAUACUGGGCAUUGGACGUGAAACGAUCCCUUGGCAGUCUCUCCCCCCGCUCCCCAGCCAAAUCGAACGUUGUCGUCGAAGUCGGUGCCAAACUUCGCGUCGGAUUCUCCGUCGAGAACAUUGACGAAUUCAUGGACGCCAUCCGCACUCUUCUCGACUACCACGUCAUCAUUGUCAACUAUAUCAACCUCCCAUAA